CCCGUGGCCGCGUAUAAAUGGGCGGUAUAAGCGGAGAGGAAGAGCGCAGGCACACUCAGCUCAACGAGCUCACUGUCAGAGAUCAGAGCGCACGCUGCUGAGGAGGAACAGGAGGAGGAGGAGUACGAGAAGAGGACCACGAGGAGGAGGAGAAGCAUGUCUGGAUAAUGUGACAGAAGUGCAGAGCAGUGCAGUCAUUCUUGAACACAUGGUGCUCCUGCUUUGGGAGGGAAACCCACAAGCGCGCGCUGCUUAAUGAGCAUUAAUCUGCCUCCCCCGGACCCCUUUUGAAUGCAAAUGGGAGAAGGCAGCGGCUGCGGCUGGGACAGUGGAGGGAGAGCGCGCGUAUUAAACUGAUGCGCGUCCCGGGACACUCGGCCACGGAGAGCAGCGACAGAGACAGCGACAGCAGCAGGAGCAGCGCGAGCAGCAGCGGGAGGAGGAAGGAGGAGAAGGGGAGCAGGAGGAGGAGAAAGAGGAGGUGGAGGAGGAGAGAAGGACCCGGCUGGUGUCCGGUGGCCAUGGCGAGCUCUUUGCCUCUGGAGACGACGGCCACGUCCUGCGCGCGCCUGGACGGCGGCAGCAGCGGCGUCGGCGGUGGCGUCGCGAGUCCCAAACCGCUGGCCUUCUCCAUCGACAGGAUCAUGUCUAUCAAACCGUCGGGACCUAGAGGAGGAAGUGGCAGCGGAGGGUGCGGUGGCGCCCAGGGCCCGCGCGCGCUCCCGGCGCAGCCGCCCUUUACCUACGACCUCCACCAGGCCGCCGCUCUCAUGAACUACGCCGAACUGUGGAGGGCCGGAUUCAGAGGGGCGGCGCUCUGCGCCUCGGCGGCCGCGUGUCGCGCCGCGUUCUGCGGCGUUUGCGGCGGAGGAAGUGGCGCAGAUGCGGCGCCGCGGAACCGCGUGAUCAAGCCGCAGGUGAUUCACCGGGCCGUGGCCGCCGCCGCUGCCGCCGCGCCGCUCUACUACUUCGGCUGCUUGGACUCCGCGUGCCACCCGAGCGAGCUGCUGAACGGACGCUUGUUUUCUUCCUCUGCGGCGGCGGCGGCGGCGGCGGUAGGGCCGCACGGGCGCGCGCACUCUCACGCGGCCCCAGGAGCGCAGCACACGCUGCUGCUGCUCGAGGGCGCCAAGCUCGACAGGCUGCCCACACCGCAGCACCCGCACAAGGAGAGGCUGCCCGGGCAGCUCGACCACGUGGUGAAGGAGAACCACAGCGCAGCGACCGCGGCGGCGGACAGGAGCGGAGCGGUGAAGGCGCACGCGAACGGCAAAGCCAACAGCUGCGCCGCGGACGGAAAGCCGAAGAGCUUCACGUGCGAAGUGUGCGGGAAGGUGUUUAACGCGCACUAUAACCUGACCCGCCACAUGCCGGUGCACACAGGGGCCAGACCGUUCGUGUGUAAAGUGUGUGGGAAAGGCUUCCGCCAGGCGAGCACACUGUGCAGACACAAAAUCAUCCACACGCAAGAAAAGCCUCAUAAAUGUAACCAGUGCGGGAAAGCGUUCAACAGGAGCUCCACGCUCAACACACACGUGCGGAUACACGCCGGAUACAAGCCGUUCGUCUGUGAAUUCUGCGGGAAAGGGUUUCACCAAAAAGGGAACUACAAGAACCACAAGCUGACGCACAGCGGCGAGAAGCAGUUCAAAUGCUCGAUCUGCAGCAAAGCCUUCCACCAGAUCUACAACCUCACCUUCCACAUGCACACGCACAACGACAAGAAGCCCUUUACCUGCGCCACCUGCGGCAAAGGCUUCUGCCGCAACUUCGACCUCAAGAAGCAUGUGCGCAAGCUGCACGAGAGCGGAGCCUGCGCGGCACCGGUGGCCCACGAGCCCUCCGGGGCAGCCCGGACCUGAGCGAGUGACGCAACUUCAGGUUUCAGCUGUAAAGGACUAAAAACAGUCUCUCUGAUCGAAACGACCGGAGCUGGACUGACUCACUGCUCAGUGACACUGUACAUAAAUCUGAAUAAAAUAUUAUUUAAAAAGGUUUUUAAUUGGAAAGCAUCUAUUUUUUAUACAUGUAGCCUGUAAUGAGGUCUCGUGAAAUGUUUUAGCAUAUCGCUCCUGACCUUUGUGAUGUGAUUCCUACAGGAACGAUUAUAAAAAAAACGAAGUUGUUGAAAAUAAACGAACUAUGAACCCAA